AUGUACCGGCAAGCGCAUAGGCUCGGUGGCAUUGCGCAUGUAGCUACAUCUCUCCGCAUCGCAUCUCCUCUCUGUCGCAAGUCGGUCCGGUUUUCAGGGCACGAUUUAUCGUCGAGACGCGACUUCCAGAGUUUUCACGCUCACCAACAGAUUGCUUUCAAGUCCGACGAGGAAGCAGUAGAACAUGCCUGGAGGGAGCAGUUGACGGAUCCAUCCCUCAGGCCCUUCGUCUGCUGCCGUGAUGACCCUGACAAACCCGAUUGUUGGUCGGAACAAUUUCGGAAGAGAACAGCGGAAAGAGCGCAAAAGCUUAAAGCCUUGGGUGCUCCAGAUACACUGACUAGCUGGCGGGACGUCAAUAUCUUGGAGAAGUGCACAAGGGGAAGCGCCUCGAUCAAGUACCGGAUACUUAUCUCGUCAAGUAUCUGA